UUCCUCCUUCCUUAAUUAUUGAUUUCUGAUAUUUGUCCCCUUAAUCCACAGUUCAUGAUCUGUGCUGGAGUGUCUGUUGCCUUCAUUAUUGGGACAAUACUAACAUGGAGGGCUUUAGCAUUAACAGGUCUCAUUCCCAUCUUUGUUCUACUUUUGGGUCUCUUUCUUAUUCCAGAGUCUCCCAGAUGGUUGGCAAAGAAAGGGCGUGAAAAAGAGUUUGAAGCUGCACUUCAGAAACUUCGUGGCAAGGAUAUUGAUAUAUCUCAGGAGGCAGUUGAAAUGCAGGAUUAUAUAGCAACUCUCGAACUACUCCCAAAACCCACAUUUCUGGAAUUGUUUCAAAGAAGAUACUCGCGCUCAGUGAUUAUAGGAGUUGGGUUGAUGGUAUGUCAACAAUUUGGAGGAAUCCAUGGAAUCUGCUUUUACACUGGAGAAAUUUUUGAGUCAGCAGGCUUUUCUUCAAGCAUUGGAACUAUAACCUAUGCAUGUCUACUGGUUGUGGUUACUGGUCUUGGAGCAGCUUUCAUAGAUAGAGCUGGAAGGAAACCCCUCUUAUUGGUUUCUGCUUCAGGGCUGGUCCUUGGCUGCAUCCUAGCAGCAAGUGCAUUCUAUAUGAAGGCUCAUGAGUUGGCGCUACAUGCAGUCCCCAUACUCGCUGUAACUGGCAUACUGCUGUACAUAGGAUCCUUUUCUGCAGGAAUGGGUGCAGUUCCUUGGGUUGUGAUGUCAGAGAUUUUUCCUAUCAAUAUUAAAGGGAGGGGUGGAAGCCUUGCUACCCUAGUCAACUGGUUUGGAGCAUGGCUAUGUUCCUACACUUUCAACUUUCUCAUGAGCUGGAGCUCCUAUGGUACCUUUUUUCUUUAUGGCGCAAUCAAUGCACUGGCUAUAGUGUUUGUGGUCACAGUGGUACCUGAGACAAAGGGCAGAACUCUGGAACAGAUCCAAGCAGCCAUUAACGCAGCUUAAACAAGUCAUGGGGUGGGUGGAAAUGUUCAAGGAUUUUGGCUUUUUGCCCUUGAAUUUAGGUAUUUUUAGGGCCUUUAUUUGCCAUAUUGGAGUAGUCGGGAUCAAG